UCUCCUUGGUCUGUUCUGAGACUGGCAGAGCAAGACCCAGAUAUGGUGUAGAAUAACAGGAAAGAAACGAGAAACCUAAACGGCAUGGAGGAAGGCCAGUAUUGAAGGAGUAUCCAACGGAGCAGUCGCUGUGGAUUGUGGGAAGUGGAGGCAAGGGAGCCAUGCAGAAUGAUGCCCAUGGCUCGGCGGCCGCCAGCACCAGCACUACAACUCCCACCACUGUUACUGGUACCCAGGUCACUACUAGUAGCACUGGGAGGCCAACUCUGCCCCACAUCUCUGUUUAUGCUGGGAUCCCAGACAGACAGACUGUCCAGGUGAUUCAACAGGCUCUUCACCGACAACCCAACACGGCAGCCCAGUACCUGCAGCAGAUGUACGCAGCCCAGCAGCAACACCUCAUGCUUCAGACAGCAGCGCUCCAACAGCGGCAACAGAGCAACACUCGGCUCCAGAGCCUAGUCGCUGUGCAGCAGGCUACCAUAGGGGCAGGAAGGCAGAGCUUCAACCAGAAUAGGAACCAUUCUCAGCAGACAGGUUCCACACAGAACACUGGAAAUCUGGCCACGGCUCCAACAGCAGCCCCACUAAUCAGCAGAGCCCAGAUUGUUAGCACCGCCCCCACCUGUAUCCCCCAGCAGGCCAUGCUCCUGGGAAACUCCCCCAGCCCGAUCCUUACUGCCAACCAAGCUCAGAUGUACCUGCGGGCUCAGAUGCUCAUCUUCACCCCAACUGCUGCUGUUCCCAUUGUACAGUCAGAAGCCUUGACACAAUCAGCCACCCACCAACAGUCUGUUAGUCCACAGAACCUUGCCAGCGGUAGCCAGCAGGGGACUCCCUCCUCUCAGCUCCAGGGCAUGUGUCUCAAACCGAUGUCUGCAGAGGACCAGCUCAGGAGUCCCAACCAGGUGCCACCAAGAGCCAGGCUGGGGCUCCUUGAGGCCCAUUCAGAGGGAGGGCCGGAGGGCGAGGGCCGUUUGGAGCUGAGUGGCCACAUGGUGAGCGUAAGCAGCAGUGUGACAGCCGUCAGCAGUAACCACUUCAUCAGCCCAGCGUACGCUCAAAUCCAGACACACCAGCUUCUUCAACAGCAUAAACAGCAGCAGUUUGUGUUCCAGCAGCAGAACCAGUCCAGGCAGCUUCCUUUGAGGGGCCAUACCCCAGCGCUGCACACAGCCUCCAUCCAAAGCUGCUCUCAGGGCCAGACGCUACAGAGCCUGGCUAUCCAUCCAAAGCCCAUGCAGGACAGUGUCCCUGUGCUGUCCAAACCCCUGGUCUCUGGCCCUGUUCCCAACCAGCAGGCCACUAUCUUCCACUCCACUGUCAGCCCCCAGAUCCUUAACCACAACAGGCCAUCAGUGAUCCCCCAGAGCCUGGCUGCCCAUCUGCCCAAUGCCAAGCUAGUGCCGCUGGCUGCGGUGAACCUCCAGAUUCAGCCGACGGCAUUAACUGUGGCCUCUCAGCUGGUUCAGGAUGGUGCUGUAAAGCUGCCCACAUCUGAGGUAGUCACAAAGAACAGCCCCAGUCUUCUCGUACAGCAGCGGACAGCCCCUCCUACUGUCGAGGCCAUCACUUCUGAACAUUGCCCAUCGGACCCUAGCAACACCGCCACAUCCACUGGAGGUCAGGAAAACGCUGAGCGGCUGAAUGCGCAACCAGGUGCAGGCUCGUUUCCAGUCAUGACCUCAGGGAAUGGGAACAAUGCGCCCACGGUGACAGGCAGCACCCCCCAGAAUGGCGAGAACAAACCGCCCCAGGCCAUUGUGAAACCCCAGAUCCUCACCCACGUUAUAGAGGGAUUCGUGAUCCAGGAGGGAGCGGAGCCUUUUCCUGUGGAACGUCCGCUAUCGUUACUGAUCGAGAACCUGAGGAAACACAAACAGCAGACACAGUUUGAUUCAGAGAAGACCACUACCUCCUCCAACAGCACCACUGACUCUGAUAUGGAGGACCUCUCCCAGCAAGAACUGAAGCAGCAGCAAGAGAAGCCCACUCUGACGUGUGAACUGUGUGGCAGAGUGGACUUUGCGUCUAACUUCAAACGAUCCAAAAGGUUCUGCUCCACAGUGUGUGCUAAACGGUACAAUGUGGGGUGUACAAAGCGAAUGGGCCUCUUUCCCAAUCGACAAACCACAAUGGAAAAACUGAAGAAGCAGAGAACAUCCAUCGGGAACCACCAGAACUUGCGCUCAGAAACUAAAAAACAGAGUGUAACAACUGGCCAACAGCCUGGUAGUGGAUUGAGAGUGUCCAGCCACCCCUCUCACCCUGGCCAUGGGGAGUCCAGCCAGUGUUCCGACAUGUCCAGCUAUGAGGGUCCACCUUCGCCCCCCCUGUCUGCGGCCAGCUCCGGUGCCCCCAGGUCCCAGGUGAGCCGAGGACCGGAGCAACAACAGCCCCUCUCCCAGCACUUCCUGCCCAGCGACCCCGCCAAGUGGAACGUCGAGGAUGUCUACGAGUUCAUCUGCUCCCUGCCAGGUUGCCUGGAGAUUGCAGAGGAGUUCCGCUCACAGGAGAUUGAUGGCCAGUCCCUGCUGCUGCUGAAAGAGGACCACCUCAUGGGCACAAUGAACAUUAAACUUGGGCCUGCGCUCAAGAUCUUUGCCCAGAUCAGUAUGCUGAGAGACUCAUAGCCGCUCCUUUCAGUGGCCACUCUGCACUGCACGAAAAGACAUGGACCCUUGAACCCUGAACACUGACCAUGUGUAAGCCUGCCACUCUGGCUGGUCGGUGCCAGAAUCCUAGGAUAUUGCUGUUGGAGUUUAGAGCUUUGAUUCUGUGGACUGUCCCCUAUGCUGUGCAACAGUUGUUAGCUCCUGUGUUGUACUGUGCACAAGUAGCUCCCCCAGCCAGACUCAAGUGUACAGCAAGGUGGUGGUUCAGAUAGGACAUAACUAGUAGUUAAGUGAGUUUCUAAGAACUGUCAGGUAGUUCCGUGUGGAUAACUCUUCCAUAGAUAAUAUAUUUUUGGUUCUUGACUGGAAAUUGGCAUUUUUGUCUCGCCUAUUACUGUGUUUUGAGUUUAGUUAGAAACACCAUCCAUUGCACAGGACUAUACUCAAAAUGUUACAGUUCAUGCCUUGAAUGGGUGGGAUGUGAUACUCAAGUAUUUUUUUUUUAACAUAAAUUCCCAAAAGUAUCCUAACAAACAUUUUUAUUGUUUUUGUAAAGAAAAUGUUUCUUGUAUUGCUUUUAAAAAGAAAUUGGGUGUUUUGAGGAUUGUCAGUCUGCACCUAAUUGAUUGUUCUGUGUCAAGAUUCAUCCUACUUCUCUGAAGGCCCAACUAGCAUCUGUUGGGUCUCUGCCUCUGGGAAUGUAGGCUCAAGUCAUUUAGCUGAUGCUCUUAUCCAGAGCAACUUACAGUAGAGUGCAUACAUCUCAUCAUUCUGGAAAUAAACAUACUGUUAUGAAGUCAGUGGAAAAAUAUUUUCUGUAAUUACAAGUUUUCUGUGUUCUUGUGUGAUGUACUACUAGUGGUCUGAUUGGUUGGGAACAAGGUGGAGGGAUGUUCCCAUUCAUUUGUGGGUGGAAAACUUCAGUGAAAUUUUAAUAGAUUCUUGUGGGUCUGAAUCUCUUCGGGAAUUCCUUUUUUUGUAUGUUUUGUCAGUAUUGAAUUAACUAAAGGGAGAGUUCACACAAAAAGCAGAUCUUAAUAGAUGGAAAUCACUGAAUUUUUGUUUUGUUUUUGGCCAUCACUGCACACUGCAACAUGUUUAGCUGGCUUUAUAGACUUGAGGCCUGUGGUAACACUCGAACCAAAGCGUCAUUGGCAUAAUGUUUGUAUCUGAUGUUUAGUAAUAGAAGCUCAUCCUGAAUUCUUCCAAGUUCUAAACUUGUAGGUUGAAUAUUUAUGGCACCUCUCUUAUACCAGAUUUUGUACUUCUAAAAAUAAAACCUUUCCAAGGUGUGUGAUUUUCUGUA